AUGGUCAAAACUGUGCGGAACACGGAUUGGCUGGAGCUGAUCUCGAACCUCCGUGCGGGCAACUUCCGGACCUCGGCAUCCCUGCCGCCGCCCGGAGGUGUCGGCAUGCGGCUGUUUGGAGAAAAAUGCACCAGCUGUGCAGGCCUCGUCUGGGACCGCUCGAAGUUGGACCUCUCCGAUGCGUUCAUUUGGCCCAGUGGCUACAUGGCGAAGACGGAGUUCAACAUCAACCACAAGGGCGAGCUUCUCAACGGACGAUCCUCUGCAUUGGUCACGAUCGAGCGCCUGAUCGAGUGCAACUCUCGCCGCCUGACAACGAAUGCAGACACGGGCGAGCUCCAGGAGAUUCCAAUCGGCUCGCCGUUGGCUUUCAACGAGAUCAACUGGCCCUGCACCGGCACAGAGGGCUUGGCGGCAGUCUUCGUCCGCUCCGUGGACGUCGACCAUCUGCUGCAUGCCUUGGGCGUGGUGGCUCUACUCGACCAUGCGCUCGGCUGCCAGUUGCCGCUGGUGCUGAUG